AGGAAUGACUUCUUGGAGUCAAAUAGUCUCGUUCGUUGCAUUGCUAGAAACGAGGUUUUUUUGGUUAGAGAAAUGGGGGCUCAAGGCCCAAAAUACAAUCUACAACCAGCGUUACUUGGCCCAUGAAGAUCCCUUUUUCUUUUUAUACAAAUGGAAAAUAGCCCAGCCCAAUGAAGCCCAAGAUUUUCAAACCAAAACCCUCAGCCUUUACUCAAUUGGGGGGGUUUUGAUUGAGACUAGAAGCUUCUGCUGCUUCUGUUCAGCAGCCUUAAACCCUAAACCCUCAGAAUCAGAGCCAGCCAACCAUGGCACUCCUCCGAAAACUCUUCCACAGAACGCUAAAUUCCCAAUAUAUCCGAACCGUCGCCGCCCGUUUCUUCCCAACCCAAAGCCUCAAUUUCAACACUUUCCCCGACAUCCCCACCUCGGCCUACUACGAUGACCAGGUCAAUGCCGCUGGCCGUUCCAGAGACUUCGACGGCCUCCGCCACCUCCUCAACAAGCGCGUGAAGGACCACUGCUUCAACACCACCAACACCUUCAAGUUCAUCACCAGCACCGACGCCUCCCUCUCCGUACUCGACGAUCUCUGUCGAACUCUGGCUCGUCUCGACAAUGGCUUCGCCCGAAAGAGCGCGUACGACUCGCUCAUCGCGCGGCUCUGUAAGCUGGAGAGGGUCGACGAGGCGCUGCGCUUGGUGGAAAUGAUGGCCCGUGGAAACUACGGCCUCAACGCGCGUAGCUUUCACCCCAUACUCAAUGUUGUUACCAAGAAGAAGAGGAUGGAGGAAGCGUGGGGCGUGGUGGAUCUCAUGAGGAGGCUUGGGGCUCCGCCGGAUCUGACAGCGUACAAUUAUCUACUGAUGGCGUAUUGUUUCUCCGGAGAUUUGGAUCCGACGGCUGCAGUGCUGAAGAGGAUUGAGGAGGAGGGGAUGAGGGCAGACACGCGUACGUACGACGCGCUGGUGCUGGGCGCGUGCAAGGCGGGGAAGGUGGAGGGGGCUCUGGUGCUGCUGAGGAGGAUGGUGGACGAUGGAGUGCCGAUGCAGCUUUCGACACACAUGUACGUGAUUGAUUCGCUGCUGAGAGCGGGCUUUUACGAUCAGGCGGUGAAGUUUGUGAGGAGCGUUAGCGGGAGGGACACGUGGCUGGACAAGGAGAAUUUCGGGAGCUUGGCGAAUCGGCUCAUCAAGUUGAAGAGGUUUGACAAGGCAAAACUGGUCUUGGACGAAAUGAAAUCCAGGGGUUUAGAUAUGGACGAUAAAUUGAAGGAGAAAUAUGAGAUUAUUUAGUGUUAAUCAAA